AUGGGCGUCAGAAAUCCUACUCCCGCAUCACCUUUCUCCGAGGCCUCAGCCAGUUGCACUGAAGCUACCGAAACACCAGACAAGACCGAGCCGCUCGCGGAGAUCUUAGACCCUGAGAAAACAGUUGCGACUUAUGGGUUUGUCUGGCAUUACGAUCAUAACCCAGUUUUGGUACCGCAAGAAAUAACGCAAAAGGAUUGGAGAUCUGACUCGAAAGAGCUUGUUCAAUUCUACACUAUAAAAGAAACCCCACCACAGAGCAGCGAUGGCAGCAGCGCUGAAAUCGACGACGGUGACACUUACUUCUCCACGCACAGAGCCGGAGUUCGCCUUCCCAGGAACAAUGAAAAAAGAGUGACGUUCGGUUGUCGCUUCAAUGAAAGUUACAAAAGGCUUAAGGGCGUCAAGGUCAUCAGGAGGAAGUCGAUAAACGCAGACGGUACCAGCUGGCCAUUCUUCGAAGACUCGAGAAGACUUGAAGACUUGGCCCUACGUCUGAGGGAUGAAGGAGAUGAGAAGGCCGCUGAGUUCAGCGAGGAGGAAGCUUUGAGGUUGGUUCAUCGCAAGACUCCGGAGCCCUACGAGAUCGAGGAGACUCCUGAGGUUGACGACGUUACUGAGAUUGAGGAUGACACCGAUUUUAGUGAUCUCACUAAUAUUGAAGAGGGUUCCGAGAUUCUUGAGACUCCCGAGCUUGAAGACGUUUGGGGGUUUAUGGUCUUGUUUAGUGAUGACAUGUGGUAG